AUGAUUCACCACCAACAAAAUGCGGUUCUUCUUUCUCGGCUGCUAGGUCUACGUGAUCACUCGCCAUUUAUUCUUAUAAAAGAUACUAUUGCACAGACAGGCUCAUAUUUGGUGAAGGAGCUUCUGCGCCGCAUUCCCAAAGAUACAAAUGUAGUUUUUGUUUCGUUUGAAACAGUCGACGCGCCCGAACGCGCCGACCGCGUUUUGGAUGCCUCAGAGUUCAAGUCUUUAGAAAAUCUGCGAGAAAAUAUUAGCAAGGCCCUUGUAGUAGAAAAAAAAAAUUUAAUCUUGAUUGAUUCCAUUUCAUAUAUCCCACCAGACAAGUUUUCUUUAUUUCUGAUUCCGCUCAUGGCCCCCCACAGUACCAUCACAGCCAUUUAUCACACAGACGUUCCACUGAGCGAGUUUAUAAUUGCUCCGGGAUUUCCAUCAUCAUACCCUCCUGCCAGCACUUUGCUUAAUUAUUUUGCAACAUCUAUACUAAGCGUGUCUCACUACGGCGGGAAGCUGAGCACUGACGGCAGCAACACCUCACAGCUGAUAGAACCUGAUAUCAAUGAAGAAGAAGAGUUUUUACAGCAGGUAUCGACGCUUGUUUUACCAGCAAGCUGUAACCGCCCUAUUUUCCGCGUCGACCUGAUUCAUCGGCGCAAGUCGGGCCGCGGACUGGAAGCUACAUAUUUAGUGAAUAGCGAUGAAGGGCGGAUAGAUUAUGUACCUGAGCGACGGAAUGGGGCUGAUGAGGAGGAUGUUUCUGAGGAUGCAGAGGAGGUUUUGAAGGGCUUGACUACGUUUAAUUUGACAACCACUUCCAAACAACGUGAGGCUAGAGAUAAGGUGGAACUACCGUUUUUGCAAGCACAAGAAGUGGGACAAGGUGGUGCACGAGGCGGUGCCAUUAUUUAUGAGUUUGAAAAGGAAGAUGAUUAUGAUGAAGAGGAUCCAUAUGAGGACCCAUUUUAA